GCCCUUCAUUAUCCAUCGGAGUACACAAUUCAUUCAGAUUUCUUUAUGACAAACACUCUGGACCUUUCUCUGGACUGUUAUUGUGUUUUUCGUUGGGUGGGAUCUGUCUAGCUCAGUUUUUCAAGUACGGUGUGACAGCCUAACGCUGAAGUAGUGACUAGUUUGUGCAGGUUAUAUCAAUUUACACCCACGAGGACAGGUGCGUUGCUGACAAACGAAGACUAACGAGCAGGGCGCGCCUGGGAUUCGAACCCAGGAUCAUCGGAUUCUUGCACGGCUAAUCAACUCAAGUCUACAUAAUGCUAAUGGGCUGGACGUAACACUGACAUGACGUGACAAUGGAUCCGACGCACCCCGCCACCAUCCCGGGAACGUCUUCCUCUUCCGCGCGACGACGUUGAAGGAGAUACUGUACAUGUGAUCACACAAUCAACUGUUACCAGGGACACAAUGGAUGCAGAUCACAUCAUGCAGCUCCACCAGUUUCAGCUUAGACUCCAGCAUGGGGAGCAGGACGUGCAGGAUACGUCGCCAGACCAAGCAAGUCACGAGCCCGUGGAGAGGUCCGACACUGCACUCCAUGUUGCCUGCAAAGCGGGUGAUCUGGACAGCGUCCAACAGACCUUGAUAGAGGCGGACGUCAACAGUCGGGGGCUUCACGGCAGGACGGCAGUGAUGGAGGCAGCACGGAGGGGUCUCAGAGAGAUGUUGCAUUUACUUGUGAACAAAGGAGGUGACCUGUCGCUGAUCGACGACAACGGUAACAACAUUCUUCAUAUGGCGUGUCUGGGCGGAAAUAUUGAGAUCGUUAAGCAUGUCCUCUCGCAAGACGUUGUGGACAUCAAUAGCAGAGGACAGUACGGGCGAACAGCAGUGAUGUUCGCGGCAGAGAAAGGUCACUGUGAAGUGUUUGAUAUUCUUGUGAGUGGUGGUGGUGAUGUGUCUCUCGUGGACGGCAGCGGUAACAGCAUCCUUCAUGUUGCCUGUAUAGGCGGAAACGUGGACAUGGUGAAGUACGUCCUCUCACAGAACCUUGUAGACAUCAACAGCGGGGGACAAUACGGGCGGACGCCACUGAUGUCAGCGGUGGGGAAAGGGCGAAGGGACGUGUUUGAUCUGCUUGUGAGCAGUGGUGGGGAUGUGUCCCUUGUCGACAGCAGCAGUAACAGCAUCCUGCAUCUAGCCUGUAUCGGGGGCCACGUGGAUAUGGUGAAGUAUGUCCUCUCACUUGACGUCGUGGACAUCAAUGUUAGAGGUCAGUAUGGGCGGACACCGUUGAUGUCGUCAGCAUGGCGGGGCCACAGGAAAGUGUUCGAUUUUCUUGUGAGUAAAGGAGGUGAUGUUGCUGUCGUGGACGAUGAUGGGAACAACAUCCUUCAUUUAGCCUGUAUUGGAGCACAAGUGGAGAUGGUCAAAUACAUCCUCUCACAGGACGUAGUAGAUACCAACAGCAGGGGUCAGUUUGGGAGGACUCCUCUGAUGAUAGCAGCUGAAAAGGGGUAUAGGGUAGUGUUUGAUCUUCUUGUAAACAAAGGAGGUGACGUGUCUCUUGUAGAUGACGACGGUAACAACAUACUUCAUGUAGCCUGUAUUGGGGGACAUGUGGAGAUGGUAAAAUAUGUCCUAUCGCAUGACCCAAUGGAAAUCAAAAGUAGAGGACAGUACGGGAGGACGCCGGUUCUGCUGGCAGCAGAGAAAGGUCACAGAGACGUUUUGACUUGCUCGUGAGUAAAGGUGACAAUGUAUCGUUCACUGACGACGACGGGAACAACAUCCUCCACAUGGCGUGUAUUGGAGGUCAGGUUAACAUGGUGCAGUAUGUUCUUUCGCUGAACAUCGUUGACAUCAACAGCAAGGGUCAACAUGGACGAACUCCGGUGAUGUUUGCCGCGGAGAAAGGACAUAAGGAUGUGUUUGACCUGCUUGUCAAAGAGAAGGCAGACGCCUCACUAGUGGAUGAUGACAGUAACAACAUAUUCCACGUGGCCUGUAUUGGGGGCCAGGCGGAGAUGGUGAAACAUGUCCUAGCCCAGAAUAUUGUGGACAUCCCGAUGGAUCCCAGACGCACUCAUCUGUACGUCAACCCGCGUAAACGAUCGGUGUGCUUCUGAGUCAUAUUUGAAUUGCAGUAACUCCUAGAUUCGCCCCAGAUCAUUUCAGCAUGUCGAACACACGAGUGUUUCCCGUGGUUCAACCUGCAUCAGUAACGGGGCACUCCUUCAUCACACCGACAUCCUGAUGCUAUACACAAAGAAGUUAAUUAAACACCCCCUGUAUUUUUGCAAUGAUAGGUUUUCAACACGUACAUAAAGCUUUUCGCGGUGACUAUGAUGGAAAAACAUGGGUUUUUCUGACCCGUAUGAUCCUUUGACUCAUGAAAAACGACAAAAUGAUAAUUACUUCUUUUAAAAAACCCUCCACACACUGAAUUUCAUACAAAACCAUGUCUGUACAAGUAUGACCCUGAAAUGUUUAAUGUUAAAUAUAUUGGUGAAUGUGAACGUUCAGAAUGUCAUUUUGCGUGUCUUACACGAAUCAAGGUCAAUACCGAGUGUAACCUCCAUGUAACUGUAUGACAGCCGGCACCCUCCUCCUCAUACUCUCUGCCAGCCUCCUCAAGUCUACGCCAUUCCUCGUGUCAAACAGCUUCCAAUUGGGCCAGAUUAUGUCCAGGAGGAUCCCUUUAUUGCACACGACGACCAAUCAUGUCCCAGAUAUGGUCCAAAGGGACAAGGUCGGGGCUCAGUCAAUCGUGAGAUAUGUCAGGGAGUGCUUAACUAAGUUCAUUGUGUAUAUAAACAAGCCUGUCAGCGUGAUGUGGUAGAAAAUCCCGGUCUGAUGUUGGUCGGAGGCGUUUACUCCAUAUCCGAAUCCUUCCAGCACGGGAAUGAUGCCAAAUAGACCUAAAACAUCUCAGCGCGAUUCUGGGAUGAUAACCAACGACCAUAGGAUUCUGGCACGUCUCUCUGCGACAUCGUUUCUUAUACGACAGGGCCACCCUAGGAAUGUCAUCCUAAGUACCAUGACACGGCAGCCAUAUCAUCUGCCUUGUACAGUCAAGUGCAGCCGAGUCAGUGUUCUUAAGGUCAAGGAACAGAUGUGUUAAGAUGGUGUUCUAUAUGAUUAAUUUAUGCAGAUAUAUCCAAAAGUUCAUAUUUAUAUUAUUGUGUUUUUCUAGAAACACAGGUGGGUAUUCCAGAUAACAAUCAGGUAACAAUUUGUCGGAAGAGACGGCUUGGUUGUUCAACUGAUUGAUUGCAUAUCCUUGUUACCCUGGAUCGUGGCUCGUUAUACCCAUCACUGGAUUGUCUGGUCCAGACUCGGGUUACAUAGAGGCCACGGUAAUACAGGUACAAUAUAUCUUACUGCAGCGUCACACAAUAUUUCAGGAGCUCACGCGUCCAGAACCUGAAGUCUUAACAGUCCACCCUUAACAGUCCACCCUUAACAGUCCACCCUUAACAGUCCACCUAUAAGUAAUUAUUACUAAUGAUAAGUUAACAGUAAAUAUAUAUGGUCUUAGCCACUCCUCACCCAGUUUCUAUAUUCAGACCAAUAUUUUCAUUAUCAAAUACAUCGUUAACAUAAUUAAACAGACGUACAAAUGAAAGUACACACCUGGUGUUUUGGAAUUAUUUGAAAAGUGUUGUUAUUUUGACUGGCAACUUCGCAAUUGGACACAUCUGUGGUGUUUUGGCAACAUAUUAGGAAAGUCUGUGACUCUUUAAAAACUCUUUUCAAAACAUUUGCGUCGCUUUUUGGAAAGUAAUCCAAAAGCCCCGGAUGUGUACUUUCUUUUGUACGUCAGGUUAUGUAUGAAGAACGGGAUAUUUAAGACGAGUCGUUUUCUUUAAGUCUGAACUGUUUCGUGUGAAUAUCUGGAACACAAGUCAGCAAAACCUGAAACAUUGUUUGGUUAUAUUACGUCAUACAUUUUACACUUUGUGAAUAAACUGCAGGUAACGCUUAAUGAGAAUUUAUCAACCAACAUUUUUAAUUGAUAUUAAGGCUAUGAAUGCUAUUUGUUGAAAUAGUUGGCGGGUUUUGUAGAUCAAAUAUUGCCCACGCAGCUAGCGCAUACAGGUCUGUUUGUGAUACGGCAGAUAUAUAUUAUCCAUGAAUUUACUGUAUCAAUAAAACAUGAAUGCAUUGUU